AUGUCGUGUUCUGUUGUCCAAUUGAUCGCUGGACGAGGCGGUGAUGAUCCGCGUGGCGUCACUGGCUCGGUGAGCCUUGCACGUCGCGAUGAUCUUCGCAUUCUAAUCGACGCCGGCGAUCCGUGGAAUGGAUCGGAGAUCAUUGCCGAGCUUCGAAAGCUAUCCCUAUGCGCGUCUGAUGUCACCCACGUGAUUAUCACCCAUGGUCACGUCGAUCACUGCGCAAAUCUGCUUCUAUUCCCAUUUUCAACAAUAAUCAUGGAUUCUGACUUCGUCAAGAAGCAGUCGAGACACGCGCCGCCCGACUACUCAACCAUCGAGGAAUUCCCGUUUCAGCUGUCGGAGAAUAUCAAGAUCCACAAACUCCGCGGACAUACCCAUUCGGAUCUUCUCGUCGAGAUUUUCGAAGAGGACGGAUCGACGACGAUGGUCUGCGGAGAUCUCAUUGAAAGCGAAACCGAUGAUGGAAUGGAAUUGGCGGUUGACAAGAUGCAGCUCGAAGAAUCGCAGCGGUUCAUCUUCUCCAGAGCCGAUUUCAUUGUACCGGGACACGGCAAAAUGUUCAAAUCGGCUCAUUGA